CAAUUUUCAUUUGUUCUUCCUUGUCUUUUCCUCUCUCUGUUCCAUGAAAGCACGCACCAAAUCAGACACCUUUGAUGUCGCUCAUUUGAUCCCUUUAGCGCCAAAUUGUAGUUUCUCAGAGCGAUCUGAUUCAGCGACAGCAUGGCGGUUAUCACGGUCUUGGGAAGCUUGAACGUGGACAUGGUCACCGUCACACCCCGCGUACCAGAAGGCGGGGAGACUUUGCAGGCAAAGUCGUUUGAAACGGGAUGGGGAGGGAAAGGAGCUAAUCAGGCCGUCGCAGCAGCCCGAACGUCGCGGCGCAAAACAGGCCCAUUGGACUCCCAUGUCGUUGUUCGAAUGGUUGGCGCUGUUGGCGACGAUGUCUUUGGGCCUCAGAUGAUCAAGAGCAUGGCACGCGAUGGUAUCGAUAUGUCGGGUGUGCGGACUCUUUCAGACCACAAGACCGGAACCGCAGUGAUCCUAGUCGAACAGAGUACCGGCCAGAACCGCAUCCUGUUCACCGCGGGCGCCAACUUUGGCAUCAGCACCGAGAUGGAGCUUGUGAAAGGCCAUGACUUUGGCCACGUUGCUAUAUUUCAGUUGGAGACGCCGCGAGACGUGGUGUUUCACAACAUCAAGCUGGCACGGGCAAAGGGAGCUCAAGUCAUCCUCAAUCCCGCCCCAGCACAGGAGCUCCCAGAUGACAUCUUCCCUGAGCUGGCAUACCUCGUCGUGAAUGAAACCGAGGCCGCGAUAGUUUCCGGCCAACCGUCGGACGCGGUCUCAUCUUCUUCUGACUUGGAUGCUCUCGCGGCGAAAUUCAUCGGGAAAGGCGUAAAAAACGUAAUCGUAACUCUCGGUUCCGAGGGCGUUUAUUAUCAAACUGCCACGGCAGCCUCCCACAAACAGCCCGGCAAACGACUGCCAGCCGUAAAGGCCACCGUUGUUGACACAACCGCUGCCGGCGACACCUUUGUGGGUGCAUUCGCGGUCAAACUUGCCGAAGCCGCACGCGAGAACGUAGGAGACGAAGCCGACGUGUUAGACGACGCGAUCGCCUUCGCAAUCCGGGCGGCGGGUAAAACCGUCGAAAAGGCGGGCGCUCAGAGCUCCAUUCCCUGGCUUGACGAACUGUAAAUGAAUCUGACGAUUCUCAUCCGUCGGACUCCAGUCACGAAUCCGUUGCUAGAGGAUGACGUUAGGAUGGACGGAUACGAGCCUCAGAUGCGAAUCCGCUAUACCUAGUGCACACAAAACCGUUGCUGUAUCCUCGUUAGCGGUGUCAAGAAGGCCAAACCGUGCAGGCACCGCAGGUUAGCCAACCACGUUACGCAUCUGCCAGGCUUCGGGAAGACACGAAGACGAGUAAAGAAAAGAGAAUAGUUGCCCUGAUCUCAAGAACCUCCCACGCAGAUAUUUCUUAACCCCCCUCCCCUUCCCACCCAAGCUAGCCCUGUGCCUGUGCGGCCGGCCGAACCCGUGCUCAAAGGUGCAUGUUUUUGAAUCGGACGUCAAAGCGGUGGAGAGCUAAAUAAGAGCGUGCCUCCUCCUCCUCCUCCUCCU